AUGGCCUUCAAUCACUACCAAAACAAUGUUCCAAAUUGGGGAACAGAUAAUUUACAACUCACGGCUCCCCCAGAGCCGAAUUUUGAACCACAAGAAGGAUGGGGCGCAAUGGACUUCUUCAGAGCUCACUCUUCAACUACUCCAGAGCCUCAUCUUCUAUCGAACUCGAUGAACAGAAUGCAAGGUAGCGAUCCUUCUUCCCUCGGUGUAGGAGCGAACGAAGCGCGCACAUGGCAUAGGCGAGCAUUCGGCGGCCUGGGGAAACUGCACCAUAUGUCUCCAAACGAAAUUGGCCAUGCCGCUGCAUACGAGGCUUAUCGCUUCUGGAUUCAUCACAAGUCCAUCCAAAAACCACUGGGCGGCAAGUCUUCGAAACACAAGGAAGCACUUAUCGGACUAGCCGUUGCCGAAGCGGCUCGUUUAUAUGCCAUGUCGACCCACAACCACGACCAACGUGGGCGCGGUUCGGCCUGCGAAGCUGCUGUUGCAACUGCAGUGCAACUUUUUUCAGAACUCCACAUGGGCGACCAUGAGUUCUCAAACAUAUUGGGCUUAGGUCAAGGCAACGAAGGCGCCGCGGCACCAGAUCAAGGACUCGGAGGCGGCAGAGCCAUCAACCCGUACGAACUGGACGACGGAGCUCCAUUCUUUCGCAAUAAACAGAACGGCCAUCAUCACCGUGGCCUCGUACAUCAAGCAGCAGACACCGCCCUCAACAUGGCUACUGGCCAUAAUCCGGGACCAGGUGCAGAACGCCACGGCGGUCUCGGCCAAGUCGCGGGCAACGCUCUUAACAUGGCCACAGGACACGAUCAAACCUCUGGCAUGGGUCAGGCUCCCGGCGCACCUGGCUCGGGGCACCACGGCCUCGUCGGACAAGCCGUAGGCGACGCUCUCAAUGCGGCUACGGGAUAUGGUGGCCAAAAUGCUGGCAUGGGCCAAAUGGCGGGUGCACCCAGGUCCGGACAUCACGGCCUAGUCGGACAAGCUGUAGGUGGUGCUCUCAAUGCAGCUUCGGGGCAUGGUGGUCAGAAUGCUGGCAUGGGCCAAAUAGCAGGUGCACCUGGUAUGGGACAGCACGGCCUCGUCGGGCAAGCUGUAGGCGACACUAUCAGCGCAGCUACCGGUCACGGCGGUCAGAAUGCCGGGAUGGGCUUGACCGCAGGUAUGCCUAGCUCGGGACAUCAUGGCCUCGUCGGACAAGCCGUAGGCGAUGCUCUCAGUGCAGCUACGGGGCAAGGCGGCCAACAUGCUGGCAUGGGCCAGAUGGCGGGCAGGCACGGUAUGGGACAACAUGGUCUCGUCGGGCAGGCGGUGGGCGACACUCUCAGUGCGGUUACGAGACACGGCGGUCAGAAUGCUGGCAUGGGUCAAAUGACAGGCGCUCCAGACAUGGGAUACCAGGGUGCUGGUCAGGGGCAGGGCUACAAUCCUACCAUGAAUCAGACAGCUGGUGCACCAGGAGUGGGACAGCACGGUCUUGGACAUGCUGGACACACUAUGGGCCAUCUGGGCGGAAUGGCUCCAGGACAGAUGGGAGGCUCAGGACAGAUGGGAGGCCCAGGUCAGAUGGGCAAUACCGCACCCAUGGAUGCGCCAGGUAUGGGCGCUGGAGCUGGCAACCCGUCUAUGCCGAUGCACGGCGGGAUGGGCAACCCAGCGGGCGGCCUACAUGGUAUGGUGGGUCAGAGCACCAUGUCACAAGGCAUGAUGGGCGGGCCCACGGCCCAGCCUGGCAUGGGUAUGGGUAUGCAGCCCGCUCAGGGUGGAAUGGCUCAGCCAGGCAUGAGUCAAUAUGGCAUGGCCUCGGGUGGUGGGAUGAUGCCCGGGAUGGAGAUGCAGCAAUCAGGUCUAGGUGGGAUGGGCACAGGGACGGGUCCAUCUGCACCGGAUACAGGUCACGGUGGCGGCAUGUACCCUGGCGGCGCUCCCAUGCAUCUGGGAGCUCACUAGCGCUCAAGCUACAAGGUCAGCACGGAGGUGCAGUGUAAGAUGAGGAAGCCUACUGUAUACCCAGUCUAUACCCAACGUUAUGAGAGGAUCUUUAAUGUACUUGUAAAUUUGG